AUGCCCAUCACCCAACUCGACUUCCCCAUCUUGCUUUCUUUCAACUGUGCGGUCCAGAAGAUGACGGGCGCUGAUGCGGCGGGCCAACAGCAACCGCAACAGGAUGCGACUGGCGGUGGUUCGAUACCCUUACCCAAAGGCGUUGUGUUGGGGCCAGACGGGAAGCCGUGAGUUUCAUGUCUGUGAUAGUAUGUUCUGGUGGAAAAGCAUUGCUGACUCUUCUCAUGGCCGCAGAUGUCGAACAUGCACUUCCUCGGCGCAAUGGCGAACGAUGAUGGGCCAAGCAGCCAAAGCACCUCCCAAACCCCAACCGAGCACCACGCAAUGUCCCGCCGACGUCGAAGAGCUAGGCCGAUCGACAUGGACGUUCCUCCACACCCUCACGGCGAACUACCCUGAACGCCCCUCCUUCACACAACAAGCCGAAACCAGACAAUUCCUGGGCCUCUUCGGGAAACUGUAUCCCUGCUGGCAUUGCGCGGAGGAUUUCCGGACGUGGAUGAGCGAGGGGAAUGCGCCGCGGGUCAGUAACAGGGAGGAAUUCGGGCGAUGGAUGUGUGAGGCGCAUAAUGCUGUGAAUGUGAAAUUGGGCAAGAAGGAGUUUGAUUGCGGGCGGUGGGAGGAGAGGUGGAGGACCGGGUGGAAGGAUGGGAGAUGUGAUUGA